AUGAAAACUCUAAACUGUCCGCCGUCCAAUCGGUUUUUCCGGUCGUCGUCACUUUUUCGACACAUUAUUUUUUUCGUCGGUUUGCUAUCGUCGCCGACCACCAUUGUCACAUCGCAGACCACAGACAACACUACUGAAACGUGGUCGUAUCCCUGGAAAGGCUGGGACAUGUACGAAAAUGUCAGUAUGUCCACCGUGGACAUCAUCAAGAAAAACGGAUACGCCGCCGAGAUCCACCAUGUCAUCACGGAAGACGGUUACAUCCUUGAAUUGCAUCGCAUCCCCAGCAGCAAGAUCGGACAGAAGCCCACCAGAAAUCAUCCUGUCUUCUUCCAUCACGCGUUUCUCUCGAAUUCGGCCGGAUGGGUGCUCAGCGGAGCUAACACAUCUCUGUCCAUGCAACUCGCCGACGAAGGAUACGACGUGUGGUUGGCAAACAGUCGUGGUAACACUUAUAGUAGAAAACACGUGUCACUGAACUACAAGCAAAAAUCUUAUUGGAAUUUCAGUUUACACGAAAUUGGAGCGUAUGAUUUGCCGGCUGCGUUCGACUAUAUCCUGAUGAAAACAAACUCCUCGCAACUCCACUACAUAGGUUAUUCCAUGGGCACUACUGUGUUUUUCAUCAUGGCUUCGUCAAGACCCGAAUAUCAGUCGAAAAUCCGAUCUCAAAUAAGUCUCGCACCGGUAGCGUAUUUCACUCACUUGAGGUCACCGAUAAGACACGUGGCUCCAUAUGCCAGAAUGAUGAACAUCGCUUACCAGAGAAUGACGAACGGAAUGGUUCUGCCGCAGACGAGGAUGAAAAAGAUUUUCGCAUCGACCGUUUGUGCGGGGAAAAUGACGCAGAAACUGAUAUGCCAAAGGGGAUUCAUGUUUUUCAUCUGUGGCAGUGACCCGAAAUACUUUAAUACCAAAUUGAUCCCGCUGAUCAUGGGACACUUUCCGUCGGGAACGUCGUCCAUGGUUCCCGAGCAUUUCGCGCAGAUCAAAUUGAAAGACGCUUUUGGUCGGUACGAUUACGGUCCGGUCACUAACAUGGAAAGGUACAAUUCUACCGAACCUCCCAAGUACGAUCUGACAUCGAUCCAGGUGCCCAUCACGUUGAUGUACGGGAAGAACGACUUGGUGGCCGACGUCGAGGACGUGAUGAAAUUGAAAUCACAACUGCCCAGACUGAUGGAUGCCGUGAUGAUCGACAAUCCGUACUUCAACCACUUGGACUUUAUGUGGAGCAUAGAAGUCAACGAACGGGUGAACGAUCCGGUCAAGGAAACGCUGCGGAAGACCGACAAUAUGGACUGGGAGUACUCGGGGCCAAAUCUUUCGCAGUCGAAGGAUAUUUUCAAUGUCAGUGGCAAUGUCAGCGAUGGCUAUAUCGGUGCCAGUGGAAAUGUCAAUAUCAACGGCAGUGGACAUUUCAGUAUCAGUGGCAGUGGGCAUUUCAAUAUCAGUGACCGCGAUGAAAAUUUAAAUACUAGUGACAGUGGAAAUGUCAAUAUCAGCGACAGUGGACAUUUCAGUAUCAGUGACCGCGGUGAACAUUUAAAUACCAGUGACAGUGGAAAUUUAAAUAUCAGUGGCAGUGGGCAUUUCAAUAUCAGUGAUAGUGCAGGCGAUGUCGGUGGCAGUGGAGGUAGCACUGGCAAUAUCAGUGGAAGUGUUUCGCCGUCGGAUUUGGAUUACUUUGCGAAAAACUUGGGCAAGAUAAUCGCGGACGCCAUGCCCAAGCCGAUGGAUCGCGAAGGUGAUGCAGCCGAAUUCGAACGGGAACGGAUCCUGCAAGAGACAUUGUUGGCGGACUCCAUCGAUUUCGUUCGGUCGGUCCAAAAGAAGUAUGGAUCGAAGCUGGUCUGGCAAGAGUCGUCGACGCGUGCCUCAGGUGACCGUUGGAGAAUCGAACAGGUCGUCACAAGCCCGAAUGACGCUGUCUGA